AUGAACGGCCCUCCCAGUCAGCGGCCUGCGCGGCCCAUGAGCGUCAAGGAGAUCACCAACGCCGCCGAGGACUUUGAGUUUAGAACGACCAUCCCUUUCAAAUACUGGGCACGAUCCGCCGACACCCUGUUCCAAGAGGCCUUGUUUGCGCUUCAGGAUCGCGACAUUCGAAAGGCAUAUCAGAUGCUAUGGAGGCAUUCGGUCCUCGUGCUGCAACACCUCAAAACGCAUCCCGACGCCAAGCUCCCCGAGAACAAGGCUCUCACGAAGCCGCUCUUCAACCGCCAGCAAAAGGAGGUAUUUGGGUUGCUCGAGGAGCUGAAGCCGCAGAUCGACCGCGAUUACAACGAAUGGAAGUCGAUGAAUGCGUCCCAGAGGACGGCCGACGACGAAACCGCAAAGAGACCCUCGAGCUACGACGGGUUCGCCGCCCGAGACCCCACCUUGUCCGGCAACGCCAAGAUCCUGGACGCGGCCGACAACCAGGAGCUGGCCGUGUCUCUGGCACAACGCGACUUCAAGCGGCGAGAUGCAGCGAGGAGAGCGACGCGACAGGCCGGCGUUACCGAGGAAGAGGAACAAGAGCGUCGUAAGGGUGGUCGCUGGGAGGAUUGGGAGCAACUCAGCAGCCCGACGGAUGACGACGAAAUAAGGAGACAGAUCGAGGCAACGCGGCGACGACUCGACGGAGCGGAUCAGGGACGAGAUGACGAUAGCCUCAGGCAGUCGCAGGCCCCCAGCUACGGACGCCCAGCACCGCCGCCCAACUUCUCGUACCACUACCCGUCCAUCUCGAGACCGAGAACGCUCGAGUGGGAGGCGACGCCGUUGGAGCCGCGGCGCGCGUACGGACCGAUACCGCCCCAGCCACCAAAACCGCCAAAGGAGGACUUCACGAUCCUGCGGCAGGAGCUCGACGCGGCGCCCCCGAUGCGGCCUGGAAAAACCCCUCUGCCCUCGUACGAGCCAUCACACGACAUCCCCGAGCUGCCAGCCAAGGAGCUGGCGGCCGCGCCUUCGGCCAAGGAGCGCCUGACGUUCCGCCCGGCGGCCUACCUGGAGAACGGCGACCCCAUCCGGCCCGUCUUCCUCCCGACGCAGCUCCGCGACACGUUCCUCAGCAUCGCUUCCGAGAACACCCGAAAGGGCCUGGAGAUGUGCGGCAUCCUGUGUGGCCGGCCGGUUAACAACGCGCUGUUCAUCAGCUGCCUCCUGAUCCCGGAGCAGAAGAGCACGCCCGAUACCUGCGAGACGGAGAACGAGUCUUCAAUGCUGGACUACUGCAUCAACGAGGACCUUCUGAUGGUGGGCUGGAUUCACACGCACCCCACACAGACGUGCUUCAUGAGCUCGCGCGACCUCCACACGCAAGCCGGCUACCAGGUAAUGAUGCCGGAGAGCAUCGCCAUUGUCUGCUCUCCGCGGCACCAGCCCUCAUAUGGCAUCUUCCGUCUCACGAACCCUCCCGGGCUCACUCACAUCCUGCAGUGCACAAAGUCGGAAACGUUCCACCAGCACUCCAUCGACAAUCUCUACACCAAGGCGCAGAACCCGCCGGGCCACGUCUAUCACUCGGACAAGCUGGACUUUUACGUCAAGGACUUGCGACCGAAUCGAUAG